AUGGGACGGAUACAGCAGCAGCAGCAACAGCAGCAGCAGAAUAACCCUUUCGUCAAUGCACGCGAUAGACUGUUUCACGCUCUCUUCUAUAGAAUCGCUCUUGCUUAUGCCAGAACUUUCCCCGUGUCUUUCAGAAGAGGAUUUGAGUUUAUUAUCCUUCUUAAGGCUUUGAUAUUCCUUAUGGUGUUUAGUUACAUUCACAUUGUGUUCACACGUUCACCCAUAAACUGUUUGCAAAAUGUUCAGAAGACUUGGCCACGCCAAGGCAUUUUACGAGUAGAAAUUGUGCGCAAUGCGUCAGAGAAUUAUACCAUUUUGCAUUCAUACCGUAAAGAGUACUCGGACCCUAGUUUUAUUGUUAACUUACAAUCAGAAGAAGAGAAAGCCCAGAGUGCAAAGGCUGAGAUUACACAACCCAGUGAGGGACCCCAAAAUAACAUAAAAUCAGAAGAGCAGAGUGAGAAUGAAGAAUCCCAGACUGAAUCGCCCUCACUCUUAGCUUCUGAUCCAGUAGAAAAAUUGGACAGUAACACCUCAGCAACGUCCUUGCCAUCAACACCACUGCAAUAUUCUGCCAAUGAUGUUUUGGAUUACCAAUAUGAUAGAAUCCCCGUGUCCUCUGUGUCUGAGCUGGAGAUGUUGGCACGAGCAGUGUGGCCAGAAGAAAAGUACAUAGUGGAAUACUCAUUAGAAUAUGGCUUCCUUCGAUUGUCUCCCAAGACUCGAGAGCGUCUCAAUAUAACUGUGAUGUUAGUCACACUUGAUCCACUGAAAGACAAGUGUUUUGGUGACAGCUUCACUAGGUUUUUAUUGGAAGAAUUUCUAGGGUAUGAUGAUAUUCUCAUGGCUAGCAUUAAGCAACUGGCAGAACAGGAGGACCACAAAGGUUUCCUGCGAAAUGUAGUUACAGGAGAACAUUAUAAAUUUGUUAGUAUGUGGAUGACACGAAGUUCUUACAUGGCUGCUGCACUCAUCAUGUUUCUAUUUACUGUCUCCGUGUCAACACUCUUAAGAUAUUCACACCGUCAAAUUUUUAUGUUUAUAGUUGAGCUUCUACAAAUGCUCGAGAUGAAUGUAACAAUUGCCUUUCCUGCUGCACCUCUUUUAACUGUGAUCCUUGCACUUGUGGGAAUGGAAGCAAUUAUGUCAGAGUUCUUUAAUGACACAACAACAGCAUUUUACAUAAUUCUCAUUGUGUGGGUGGCUGAUCAAUAUGACGCUGUGUGUUGCCACACUAGGAUCAGUAAGAGGUACUGGCUCAGGUUCUUUUACUUGUAUCAUUUUGCUUUUUACGCUUAUCAUUACCGCUUCAAUGGUCAGUAUAGUGGUCUGGCACUGUUUACUUCCUGGCUUUUUAUUCAGCACACAAUGGUAUUUUUCUUUCAUCACUAUGAGCUCCCUGCUAUUGAGCAGCAAGCAGAAAUUUAUGAAGACAUAUUGCAGGAGGCCCGCAGCCAUGUCACACAAAGCAAUUCAGAACAGCAACACCAGCAGCAGGCAGGGUCGCACACCAGCACCUCUGGCAGUGAUACUAACAGUAGUGCAACCACUCCAAGUGAUGGAGAAAGUACUAGCCGGUCAGCAGAUAACACCCCUAGUGCAACAUCUCAGCCCUCCUCGGACUUAAAUGGCUCGAGUGCAGCAUCUGCACCAUCUUCAUCGUCAUCUUCCUCAGCAAUAAGGAAUGACAGGACUGAACCAGAUAUUCCAGAAGAUUCUCCUUUCAUGGAGACUGGUAUCAUACAAGGUGGUGGCUCUGGAUUGCCUGGCGUUAUGAACUUUGGGCGCAGAUUGAUGAGCCAAAUGUCUCACCAGGGUUUUGAUGAUGAUGUAGGUCGGCCUAUCCAAAUGAACCGUCGGAAUAUUGUCCGAUCCAUGUCUGAGCCUGGGGGACCCAUGCUGAGUGGGUUCCGGGCACCCCCUCGAUCUUCACGCUACUCAUGGCAAAUCCCUUCCAAUGUGAUUCGAAAUAUGAUAAUCCGUUUUCGACGUCUGCAGCAAACGCAGGAGCGAUUACAGGCAGCACUGGCUGGAGGACUUGAAUCUGAUAAUUCAGAUUCUCAGCGGACCUCAUCGGUUGAUUCUAAUCCAGAAACUAUGGAUUGA